AUGCAAAGCUCAGACCGCACACCCGCUCUCCCUGCUCCCUGCUCUUCAUCCACCUUCGCCCUCCUCCUCCUCCCUCUGCUCCUGUUCCUUCGCCUGCCGGGCCAGGCUCGGGCGGACUGCUGGCUCAUCGAGGGGGACAAGGGCUACGUGUGGCUGGCCAUCUGCAGCCAGAACCAGCCGCCGUACGAGACCAUCCCCCAGCACAUCAACAACACCGUGCACGACCUGCGGCUCAACGAGAACAAGCUGAAGGCCGUCUUCUUCUCCUCGCUCAACCGCUUCACCAACCUGACCGACCUCAACCUGACCAAGAACGAGAUCGCGUACGUGGAGGACGGGGCCUUCGCCGGGCAGGCCAACCUGCAGGUGCUGCAGCUGGGCUACAACAAGCUGACCAACCUGACGGAGGGGAUGCUGCGGGGCCUGGGCCGGAUGCAGUGCCUGUUCCUGCAGCACAACCUCAUCGAGGUCAUCGCCGCCAACGCCUUCUGGGAGUGCCCCGGCCUCAGCAGCCUGGACCUGUCCUCCAACAAGCUGGCCCGCCUGGACCCGUCCACCUUCGCCGGCCUGACCCGGCUGAUGGUGUGCGAGCUGGCGGGCAACCCCUUCCACUGCGGCUGCGACCUGUUCAGCUUCCUCACCUGGCUGGAGGCCUUCAACAACGUCACGCACACCUACGACCGGCUGCAGUGCGAGACGCCGCGGGAGCUGUUCGGCUACCCGCUGCUGAGCCCCGUGUCCGGGCACGGCCGCAGCGCCCGCGCCGUCCUGGGCUCCUGCCGCGACGGCGUCUUCGUCCCCGGCAUGACGUCCCUGCCGCCGGACUCGGACGCCUCGGGCCUGGGCCCGGACAUGUCGGACCGGAUCGGGCCGUACCACCAGCCCACCGCCUCGCCGGCGGACCCCACCUACAUCCCCAGCAUCAAGCUGCACCACGUCUCGCUGUACUCGGCCUCGCUGCUGGUGCAGAUCCCCCGGCCCUACAGCAAGAUGUACAUCCUGGUGCAGUACAACGACAGCUACGUCUCCGACGUCAUGAACCUCAAGAAGAAGAAGGAGCUGAUCACGCUGGACAAGCUCAAGGCGCACACCAACUACACGUUCUGCGUGGCGUCCAUACGCAACUCGCAGCGCUACAACCACACGUGCCUGUUCUUCGCCACGCGCACCCAGAGCGCCGACGACCUGCGGCCCAGCUCCUCCACCACCACGCACUACAUCAUGACCAUCCUGGGCUGCCUGUUCGGCAUGCUGGUGGUGCUGGGCCUGGUGUACUACUGCCUGCGCCGGCGGCGCAGGAACGAGGAGAAGCAGAAGUCCAUCUGCGUGAAGAAGACCAUCCUGGAGAUGCGGUACGGGCCGGAGGCGGCGGCCGUAGUGGCGGCGGAGCCCCCCGCCAUGCAGCGGCUCCACGACCCGCCGCACCACCACCACCACCACCACGGCAAGCUGCCCGCCUCGGCCUCCUCCAGCCUGGGCAUGCUGCACGGCUCGGCCAACACCAGCUCCUCCCGCCUGUCCUCCAUCCCGCAGGUGGAGAAGAUGGCCACCGCCUUCUCCGAGGCCAUGGCGGCCAGCAAGGGCAACUACAUGGACGUGCGGACGUCCGGGGAGGAGCGCGGCGGGGGGAAGGACGGCGCGGCGGGGACGGGGGCCGGGGAGGAGGAGUACCGGGAGGAGGACGGCAGCGACCUGGGGGAGGAGGACUCGGACGACGAGGGCCGGGGCUCGGCCUCGGAGAUCUCCACCAUCGCCAUGGAGGUGGACAAGGUCAACCAGAUCAUCAACAACUGCAUCGACGCGCUCAAGCUGGACUCGGCCGCCGUGGCCGCCGCGGCCGCCAGCGCUAACAGCACCCCGCCGGCGCCCACCUGCGUCUCCUCCCUGACCCGCGGCCUCAUACCGCUGCCCCCCGGCAUGGCGGAGGGCUGCCAGGCCAUGUCCUCCCCCAAAAUCCCCCCCCCGCCGCCCCUCCCCUUCGCCCUGCCGCUGUCCGAGCGGCCGGGCAUCAGCGGCGGGGGCUUCGUGUCCCCGCCGUACCGGCCCCCGCCCCCGGCCUCCGCCCCGCCCGUGCAGAGGCAGGCCAGCGCGGACGCGGCCGGCGCGAAGAAGCCGGGCAGCGUCUCCUCGGUGAAGAGCGGCCGGGUCUUCAGCCUGGACGUGCCGGAGCCCUGCAGCCCGGAGCAGUGCCAGUACCCCGAGGCGGGCAGCCCGGCGGGAUGCGGGGAGCCGCUGGAGACGCUCCCGCUGGUGGGGGCGGGCGGCGGGGCGGGGGGCGGGGGCGCGCCGGGCAGCGGGGCUCAGCAGCACCUGGAGGUGCACUCGGACUACCACUGCGCCGAGCACCGGCACUCCUUCCCCGCCCUGUACUACGAGGGCGCGACCGACUCCCCCAGCCAGCGGCCCUCCUUCCUCAAGCCGCUCGCCCGCACCAAGCGGGACGCGGCCUCCUACUCCCAGCUCUCCCCGCGGCACCACAACUACUCCGGCUACUCCUCCAGCCCCGAGUACACCUCGGAGACCACGCUGCGCAUCUGGGAGCGCUUCCGGCCGUACCGCAAGGGCCCGCGGGAGGAGGCCUGCUACGUGACGGCGGGGAACGCCCUGCGCAAGAAGGUCCAGUUUGCCAAGGGCGAGGACCUCCACGACAUCCUCGACUACUGGAAGGGCGUGUCCGCGCAGCAGAAGCUGUGA